GCUGCUACUCGGGACACAAGGGAGAUCGGUGGGCGAGGAUAAUUAGGACACGAGUAAGUCCCAAAGUAAACAUGAGCAGGACUGCAGGAAUCUCUGUCAGUACACUGAAGCAACUGACGGUGUUCGGACGAAUUGAAACAGGAAGAUGACACCCAGGACUACGAUAAUAGCGGCUCUUGGGCUGCUUCUGGUAAUAGCGACGAUUUGCAUUUUGCCCCUCAGCGCCCACCCUUCCUACCGCCCAGUUGAAGAAGAUGGCCAUUACGGAGUUUCGCGCCAAUCGGCGCCCGGGAUGCGUCGUCUGACUUGGUGGAGAUGGGGUCGUAGGAAUGAGAAUAAGAGAGAGAAGGUUUCAACUGAACCUCCUACAACAACGGUAGCAGCUCCCAUGAUGGAGUUCAUCACCACCACCAAAAAACCGAGCAGGUGGAGAGCCUGGUUCUCCAAAGCUAAGGAGAAGAUCUCAAAAGCCGCCAAAACAGCGGCAAACAAAGUUAAAAAAGAUUUCGCGGAGGUGAAGGACAAGUACGAGCGGGGCAUGCUCAUCGUAGGCGAUGCAUCGAAAGAUGGGUUUUACAAAGCUGGCAAGGCCAUUGUUUUGGGAGCCAAGAAAGUGGGUAACGCCACGAUAAAGGCUGGCAGAACUAUCAAGAAGGGCGCUAAGAGACUUGGGUCAGCCGUCAAGCGAGGCUACCAGAAGAUUCGCCUUAGGUUCGCGGGGCCGGACGAGAAGUUCAAAAUUCUCGCCAACCGCAUAAAAGACAAAGUGGAAUCGGGAGAUGAGAGGGCCGUAGAACUUUUAAAAAAGAUCGGGAUACACGUCAACGUCUCCGACCAGAAGGUCAUUGGAUCACAGGUCGUGAAUAAGAACAUUUCUGUGACUGAAAUUCUCCGCAACGAAGGCAUGCUGUCGAAUAAGUCUUCUUCCUACUUCACAGCAUUGGAAGAACCAGAGAAGACAGAGGAAGGGGGUGAUGAAUUUCACUCGGCAGAGGAGGACUUCGCGUCAGAAACGAACAUCACAGAUACUAAAGUAGAGUACGAAAGAGCUAAAACAGAGAGCGUGACAUCACCUGAUUCAAGAACCACAUUACAUCUGGAAGACACCACUACUGAAACAUCAAUAUCAACCUUUUCUGGGGGAGUUCCUUUACUAACCGAGUCAUCUACCCAAGCAACUCUGGGAGAUAAUGUUGACAGUACUGGAAGCGUCCUUUCAACAGAAGAUGAGAGAGUAUCACGAAUAUUACCUACCGUCACAAAAAGUACUCCUUUAACUGAUUCGGUAUCAACAGAGUAUUCAACAUCCUCAACAAAUGCUAUCACUACAUCCGAUUUGCACUUUCAUUCAACAACUAUGAAUUCUCCUACAGAAACAUUCCAUACCACAGCUAUAUCUCCCUACGAUGAUGAUACCACAUCCAGCUCUUUGGUGGACCAACCAACUGAGGAGAUAUCACUUUCAGAAAACACAACAGCUUCAGAUAAUGUAAUGAGCAACACUGACACUAGCAUUCAAACUACACCUUCAACUAUCAGCCCAACAACAUUUAUAGAUAUCGAUAAGCCUAUAACUGCAAAUACAAUGCGUCCAUUACACUCAGAUCUAUCCCCUAAAGAUGAUUAUGAGACAACGUCGUCAUCUUCUUCACCUGCCCCCUUAAUUGAACGUAUUACAUCAACUACCCAAGUUGUAAGUUCAUCACCUCCUUCAUUUACAUCUCCAGACUUCGUAACCAUUCCUGAAGAAGCAUCUUCAGUCUCUUCUACAGUUACCUCUCCAGCUACAACUCGACAUUCUUCUUCAACUGGCAUGUCAACAGAUGUAACUUCCACUCCAUCAGUUGUAUAUGCUACAACGUUUGGACUUGAAAUUACAAAUACUUCAACUACUUCUCCAUCUACCACCACUACCUACACUUCACCAACCACUCCUGUAACCACAACCUCUUUUCUGGCAGCCAUUUCUACUACUACUCUUCCUUCAGCCACUUCUCCAACUACUUCUACAACUCUUUCUCCAACCACUUCCACAACUAUUACUAUUCCUCCAACCACUUCUACAACUAGUACUACUCCUCCAACUAGUAAUACUCCAACAACUUCUACAACUAGUACUACUCCUCCAACAACUUCUACAACCAUCACUACUCCUCCAACCACUUCUACAACUGUUCCACCAACCACACCACCACCUCCUCCAAUCACCACUACAUCAAGUACAUAUCUCCCAACCACUACAGAAAAAACGCACCCCCCAAUGUUAACCGAAACCAAUAGGGUGCUUCCAGCCACCCCACCCUCCGCAAGCAUCCACGGAGACGAGGAAACAGCAGUGGAGGAAGCCUACGUUCCUCCGCCUUUCCCAGACGUCUUCAGUGACGUUGAAGUCCAUGACAGACUGAGGGAAUUCUACGACAACGGUGACUUCAGCCACGCCGAAAUGGCCGAGGUAUUCAAUUUCGACCCAGACAAUUACGAGUACUAUAAAUAUGAUUACAACUACGAGGACUACGCAUGAUAAAAACGUCUUCUGGCUAUAUAAGAAAACUGCCAUUUCGUACUGGCAUUGCAUGGUAUUAAGCAAGGAAAUAAAUAUCAUGGUUACAAA